GUGUAAUCAAGUAAAUAUGACUAAAGACAAAAAAUUAUCAAAUUAACGCUGUUGAAUAGUAAUUCUUCGCAACUCACGACAAUAGAAAGCUCAAUAUUUACUCGGAUCAGUUUCACAAUUCAUCUCAAAAUUCAACUAAAUUACUCUAAAUUCCUUCAAUUACCUCGAAAACUCAUCAAAAAAUGACUGAAGAAGCCCUCAAACUGUACACAAAAUGCAUCAACUUUGCUGCCAUCAAACAUCGCGAUCAACGACGCUUAGAUUCAACGGAAACUCCUUACAUCAAUCACCCGAUUGGCGUCGCACAAAUUCUCGCUUCUGAGGGAAACAUCACAGACUUAAAUGUUCUCAUGGCGGCAAUUCUGCACGACACUGUCGAAGACACAGAAACGACUUUUGACGAGAUCGAGAACGAAUUUGGACCAAAAAUCCGAGAAAUUGUCGCUGAAGUCACCGAUGACAAGUCUCUGCCGAAGAUGGAGCGGAAAAGAUUGCAAAUUGAACAUGCCUUGACCUCGAGUCGUGAUGCGAAAUUAGUGAAAUUGGCAGAUAAAUUGUACAAUUUGAGGGAUUUGCAACGAGAAUUGCCCAAAAAAUGGACUGAAGAACGUCGUUUGGAAUAUUUUAAAUGGGCAAAAAAUGUCGUCGAUAAUCUCCGUGGCACAAACCAAGCGAUGGAAGAUGCUCUAGAUGUGAUUUUUAAAAAGGAAGGCGUUUAUUAAAAGCAAUUGGAAUGUUCAAAAAAUAAAUUUUUGUACGACUUA